GAGUGGGACAUGGACCAGAGAGUGCUGGUUGUGUUCCUGUUCCUCUGGAGCUCAGGAGUCCUCCCAGGUCUCCAAACAGAAAAAAGAGAUAAUUUUGAAGAGAUGACUGAUGUGAGUUUGUCGGGAGGAUCCAGUCGCUGUAAUGGUCAGCUACGCUAUGAAGAUCGGAGGAAAGUUGAUGACUACAAUUGGGACCUUCAAUUUGCAGCCAUGAUUUGUAAAAAUCUGGACUGUGGUUCGGCUCUUCAGAUUUCGUCAUUCCUCCCUUUCCUGAAGAGGCACAUGGAUCUUUUAUCCCUUCCAACAAUCGAGUGCUCAGGUAACCACACCAGCAGCCACAACCCAAACACACACAUUCACUGAAA